AUGUCGAAGGCCAAGCGAGACCAAGAUGCUAUUCAGCCAGACACCGACAGGCCGGAAUAUGAAAAUGACAUCAAAGGAGAGAUGGAGCUCAAUGUCGGCGGUCGCGGUGCGACUCAGCGCCGUCUACGAAAUUACCAGGUUACCAUGAUCGGGUUCUGUGGUGGAAUUGGGACUGGCUUGUUUGUGGGGACAGGGUCUGCGUACGCCAAGGCUGGUCCUGCUGGGCUUCUCUUGGCCUAUAUUAUUGUCGGCAUGGUGCUGUGGGCUGUUAUGCAGAGUUCUUUCCCGCACUGGGCUACUCGCUUCAUUGAUCCCGCGGUUGGCUUCUCGUUGGCGAUAUCCUAUGGUUACUGCUAUACGAUUGCGAUCGCCUCGGAGACCUCUGCAGCGGCGGUGAUCGUAUCAUAUUGGACUGACAUCACGCCGGCUGUGGUGAUCAGUGUGAGCUUGGUCCUCAUCUUAGGUAUCAAUCUGAUGAGUGUUCGAUUCUAUGGCGAGUCGGAAGUGGUUGGAGGCGCCAUCAAGAUCCUUUGCUUCUUGGGCUUGGUCAUUGUGUCGCUCGUCAUCACAGCUGGAGGAAGUCCAAACGGCCAGACUAUCGGUUUCCGCUACUGGCACAAUCCUGGGCCUUGGACUGAUUUCGAUGGCAUCAAGGGACCGACAGGCCAUUUCCUGGGCUUUUUGUCAUCCUUCGUUAACGCCUCGUUCAGUUUCAUUGGUGUCGAGACUGUCGUGAUUACAGCUGCAGAGUCGGUUGAUCCUCAUCGAGCGAUUCCGAAGGCUGCUCGCCGCGUCACAUAUCGCAUUGCGUUCUUCUACAUUCUCGGUGCUCUCUUGAUUGGCAUUAUUGUGGACCCCAGGAACAGUGGUCUGACUUCGGGGGAUAACAAUGCGAAUAGCUCUCCUUUCGUGAUUGCCAUCAAGGAGGCUGGUAUUAACGUUCUUCCAUCCAUUGUGAACGCUUGCAUUCUCAUCGCGGCUUGGUCUGCGGGUAACUCCUACUGCUGGGUUGGAUCACGUAUGAUUUUGGCCAUGACCACCGAUCAUCAGCUCCCGCAAUACUUUGGCCGGGUGAAUAAGAAGGGCGUUCCUUAUGUCGCGGUGGUAGUGGCUUGGCUAUUUGGGCCGUUGGCCUAUCUGAGCCUCGGAAGUGGAGGUGCCUCGCAGGCCUUCACUUGGCUACUGAACUUGAGUACCAUCGCUGGACUCAUUGCUUGGGCAACCCUAUCAUUCUGUUAUAUUCGAUUCUAUGCAGCUAUGAAAGCACAGCGUGUUUCGCGUGAUACGUUGCCUUGGAAAGCACCACUGCAGCCAUACGCGGCUUGGUUUGGCUUUAUUGGCUCUAUAAUCAUUACCUUGGUUGCCGGCUUCGAAGUCUUCUUAAAGGGUCAUUGGAAUACCUCGGACUUUGUCGCAUCCUAUGUUGGCAUUCCCAUCUUCAUUGUGCCAAUUGUCAUCUGGAAGUUAUGGCAUAAGACGAAGAUCCAACGUGCUGCCACGAUCGAUUUGUGGUCAGGCCGACUCCAAGAUGGAGAGAUUCCACUACAGGAGGAAAAGCCCAAUACAUUAUGGAACCGCUUUGUUGACUGGAUUUUUUAA